CUAUCUGGUCCCGGCAGCAGCGAUGUCCCCCGGCAGGAAUGUCCCUCCUCAGAUAAUGUUAUUUAUAUCUCUGGGCGGGUCCGCGGCUCCGCAGCACCAGGCGCCCGCCGGCCGCUGUGCCAGGAGCCCCGCGCUGCCCUCUUUCCCCUGCGCCGCCGCCGCCCCCGGGCUCGGGGUGGCCGCCGCUCCGGUCCCCGCGCAGGGACCCUUCUUCCAUGAAGACUGAGGCAAGCAUAGUAGCCGCUGAACAGAGCCUGCUGACAUGACGUCGGCCACGGAGUUUGAAAACGUGAGCAGCCAGCCACCGUACAGCCGGAUCAAUGCCCGGUGGGAUGCCCCGGACGACGAGCUGGAUAAUGACAACAGCUCGGCCAGGCUCUUUGAGAGGUCCCGGAUCAAGGCACUGGCAGAUGAGCGAGAAGUCGUGCAGAAGAAGACCUUCACGAAGUGGGUUAACUCCCACCUGGCUCGAGUGUCCUGCCGCAUCAGCGAUCUCUACAAGGACCUGCGGGAUGGGCGGAUGCUCAUCAAGCUGCUGGAGGUGCUCUCAGGAGAGAUGCUGCCAAGGCCCACCAAGGGGAAGAUGCGCAUCCACUGCCUGGAGAACGUGGACAAGGCCCUGCAGUUCCUCAAGGAGCAGCGCGUGCACCUGGAGAACAUGGGUUCCCACGACAUUGUGGAUGGCAACCACCGCCUGGUCCUGGGCCUCAUCUGGACCAUCAUCCUCCGCUUCCAGAUUCAGGACAUUGUUGUCCAAACUCAGGAGGGCCGUGAGACACGCUCAGCCAAGGAUGCGCUGUUGUUGUGGUGCCAGAUGAAAACAGCAGGCUACCCCCAUGUCAACAUCACCAACUUCACCUCCAGCUGGAAGGAUGGCUUGGCCUUUAACGCCCUGAUACACAAGCACCGGCCUGACCUCAUCGACUUUGACAAGUUGAAAGACUCCAAUGCCCGGCACAACCUGGAACACGCAUUUGACGUGGCUGAGCGCCAGCUGGGCAUCAUCCCACUCCUCGACCCUGAAGAUGUCUUCACAGAAAACCCUGAUGAAAAAUCCAUCAUCACCUACGUGGUGGCAUUUUACCACUACUUCUCCAAGAUGAAGGUGCUGGCGGUGGAGGGCAAACGUGUCGGCAAGGUCAUCGACCACGCCAUUGAGACUGAGAAGAUGAUUGAAAAGUACAGUGGGCUAGCCUCGGACCUGCUCACCUGGAUCGAACAGACCAUCAUCGUGCUGAACAGCCGCAAGUUCGCCAACUCGCUGACGGGUGUCCAGCAGCAGCUGCAGGCCUUCAGCACCUACCGCACUGUGGAGAAGCCACCCAAAUUUCAAGAGAAGGGGAAUUUGGAAGUCCUACUUUUUACCAUCCAGUCCCGGAUGCGAGCCAACAAUCAGAAAGUGUACAUACCACAUGACGGGAAACUAGUGUCUGACAUCAACCGGGCCUGGGAGAGCCUGGAGGAGGCUGAGUACCAGCGGGAGCUGGCCCUGAGGAGCGAGCUCAUCCGCCAGGAGAAGCUGGAGCAGCUGGCCCGGCGCUUUGACAGGAAGGCCGCCAUGAGAGAGACAUGGCUCAAUGAGAACCAGCGCCUUGUGACACAGGAUAAUUUCGGGUAUGACCUGGCAGCUGUGGAGGCCGCCAAGAAGAAGCAUGAAGCCAUCGAGACGGACACUGCCGCCUAUGAGGAGCGGGUGAAGGCCCUAGAGGACCUGGCCCAGGAGCUGGAGAAGGAGAAUUACCACGACCAGAAGCGCAUCAUGGCCCGCAAGGACAAUAUCCUGCGCCUGUGGAGCUACCUGCAGGAGCUGCUGCGGUCCCGGCGACAGAGGCUUGAGAGCACUCUGGAGCUGCAGAAGCUCUUCCAGGAUAUGCUGCACAGCAUCGACUGGAUGGAUGAGAUCAAGGCUCACCUCCUGUCUGCCGAGUUUGGUAAGCACCUGUUGGAGGCUGAGGACUUGCUCCAAAAGCACAAGUUGAUGGAAGCUGACAUUGCCAUCCAAGGGGACAAAGUGAAGGCCAUCACUGCAGCCACCGUGCCAUUCAUUGAGAGCACAGGGUACCAACCUUGUGACCCCCAGGUCAUACAGGACCGAGUCAGCCACCUCCAGCAGUGCUUUGGGGAGCUGAGUGACAUGGCGGCCGGGCGGAAGGCCCAGCUGGAGCAGUCAAAGAGGCUCUGGAAGUUCUUCUGGGAGAUGGAUGAGGCCGAGAGCUGGAUCAAGGAGAAGGAGCAGAUCUACUCCUCCUUGGACUAUGGCAGGGACCUGACCAGCGUGCUCAUCUUGCAGCGCAAGCACAAGGCCUUUGAGGACGAGCUCCGGGGGCUGGAUGCCCACCUGGAGCAGAUCUUCCAGGAGGCUGAGAGCAUGGUUGUGCGCAAGCAGUUUGGGCACCCACAGAUCGAGGCCCGUGUCAAGGAGGUGUUGGCCCAGUGGCAACAGCUGAAGGAGCUGGCUGCCUUUCGCAAGAAGAACCUCCAAGACGCGGAAAACUUCUUCCAGUUCCAGGGUGAUGCAGAUGACCUGAAGGCCUGGCUACAAGAUGCCCACCGGCUACUCUCAGGUGAAGAUGUGGGGCAGGAUGAAGGAGCCACUCGGGCCCUGGAGAAGAAGCACAGGGACUUUCUGGAGGAGCUGGAGGAGAGCCAUGGAGUGAUGGAGCAUUUGGAACAGCAGGCCCAGGGCUUCCCUGAAGAGUUCCGGGAUUCCCCGGAUGUAACCAAUCGGCUGCAGGCCCUCCGAGAGCUCUACCAGCAGGUGGUGGCCCAGGCGGACUUGCGUCGACAGAGGCUGCAGGAAGCCCUGGACCUGUACACGGUGUUUGGGGAAUCAGACGCCUGCCAGCUGUGGAUGAGGGAGAAGGAGAAGUGGCUGGCCCAGAUGGACAUCCCAGACACCCUGGAGGACCUGGACGUUGUGCAGCACAGGUUUGACAUCCUUGACCAGGAGGUGAAGACUUUGAAGGCUCAGAUUGAUGGCGUGAACCUCGCUGCUAACAACCUCAUGGAGAGUGGCCACCCCCGCAGCAGAGAGGUGAAGAAGUACCAGGACACCCUGAACACCAGGUGGCAGGCCUUCCAGGACUUAGUGUCACAGCAGAGGGAGGCAGUGGACUCGGCCCUCCGGGUGCACAACUACUGUGUGGACUGCGAGGAGACCAGCAAGUGGAUAUCGGACAAGACAGUAGUUGUGGAGUCUAUAAAGGACCUGGGACAGGACCUGGCCCGCAUCAUCACCAUCCAGAGGAAGCUGUCAGGGUUGGAACGUGAUGUGGCUGCCAUCCAGGACCGAGUGGGGGCCUUGAAGCAUGAGUCACAGCAGCUGAUGGAGUCACACCCUGAGCAGAGGGACAACAUUGGCCAGCGGUAUGCAGAUGUUGAGAAGCUGUGGGAAAAAUUGCAAGAAGCCCUGAAGGACCAGGAGGCCUCCCUGGGUGAAGCCAGCAAGCUGCAGGCCUUCCUGCAGGAUCUGGAUGAAUUCCAGGCCUGGCUGUCCAUGGCCCAGAAGGCUGUGGCCUCCGAAGACAUGCCUGAGUCACUCCCGGAGGCCGAGCAGCUCCUGCAGCAGCACGCAGCCCUCAAGGAUGAGAUUGACAGUCAUCAGGAAAGCUACCAGCAGAUCAAGGCCUCUGGGGAGAAAGUGAUCAAACAGUUCAUACAGCAGCAUGCAGCCAUCAAGCAGGAGAUUGACAGUCACCAAGAGGGCUACCAGCAGCUCAAGGCCUCUGGGGAGGAGGCAACCGAAGGCGAGAAGUAUCCAGAGUACCAGCUCCUGGGCCAGCGGCUGGAGGGCCUUGGUACUGGCUGGGAUGCCCUGUACCGGAUGUGGGAGAGUCGUGGCCACUCUCUCCGACAGUGCCGUGGCUUCCAGGAGUUCCAGAAAGAUGCCAAGCAAGCAGAAGCCAUCCUCAGCAACCAGGAAUAUACUCUGGCUCAUGUGGAGCCCCCAGAUUCCCUAGCAGCUGCUGAGGCCGGCAUCCGGAAGUUUGAGGAUUUCUUGAUGUCUAUGGAGAACAACAAGGAUAAGGUCUUGAGUCCUGUGGACUCUGGAAACAAGUUGGUAGCUGAGGGAAACCUGUACUUGGACAAGAUCAAGGAGAAGGUGCAGCUGAUAGAGGACAGGCACCAGAAGAACAACCAGAGGGCCCAGGAGGCCACAGUUCUCCUGAAAGACAACCUGGAGCUGCAGAACUUCCUCCAGAACUGCCAGGAGCUCACUCUCUGGAUCAAUGACAAGCUGCUGACGUCUCUGGAUGUCUCCUAUGAUGAAACACGCAACCUUCACAACAAAUGGCUGAAGCACCAGGCGUUUCUGGCCGAGCUGGCUUCACACCAAGGGUGGCUCGAGAACAUUGAUGCAGAAGGGAAGCAGCUGAUGGAGGAGAAGCCCUGGUUCAAGCAAAAGGUGUCUGAGAGGCUAGAAGCCUUGCACCGGCUCUGGGAUGAGCUGCAGGACACAACCAAGAAGAUGACCCAAGAACUCUCCAAGGCCAGGAGCUCUGACCUGCGCUCACAGACUGAAGCUGACCUCAACAAAUGGAUCAGCGCCAUGGAAGACCAACUGCGAUCAGAUGACCUGGGCAAGGACCUGACCAGUGUCAACCGGAUGUUAGCUAAGUUGAAGCGAGUGGAGGACCAAGUGAAUGUGCGUAAGGAAGAGCUGGAGGAGCUGUUUACCUCGUUGGGAGAAGAUGCAGACCUGAGUGUCGAGAAGCGGUUCCUGGACCUUCUGGAACCACUGGGGAGGAGGAAGAAGCAGCUAGAAUUAUCCAGAGCCAAGCUGCAGAUCAGCCGGGACUUAGAGGAUGAGACGCUCUGGGUGGAGGAGAGGCUGCCACUGGCCCAGUCCGAUGACUAUGGCACUAACCUGCAGACCGUUCAGCUGUUCAUGAAGAAGAACCAGACACUGCAGAAUGAGGUCCAGGGCCAUGCACCGCGGGUGGACAAUGUGCUGCAGCGAGGGGAGCAGUUGGUGGUGGCGGCUGAGACAGACCUGCAGGACAUCGAGGCACGCCUGGGACACCUGCAGGCCUCCUGGGACACGCUGCGGCAGGCAGCAGUGGGGCGGGGGCAGCGCCUGCGGGACGCCCACGAGGCACAGCAGUACUACCUGGAUGCGGAUGAGGCUGAAGCCUGGAUCAGUGAGCAGGAGCUCUACAUCUUCUCCGACGAGGCCCCUCAGGAUGAAGAGGGCGCCAUUGUGUUGCUGAAACGGCACCUGCGGCUGCAGCGCACAGUGGAGGAGUAUGGGAGGAACAUCAAGCAGCUGGCUGGGCGGGCCCAGAGCCUGCUGGCUGUCGGCCACCCUGAGGGAGAGCAGAUUAUCAGACAUCAGGGCCAGGUGGACAAGCAGUAUGCGGGGCUGAAGGACAUGGCCGAAGAACGCAGGCGCAAGCUGGAGAACAUGUAUCACCUGUUCCAGCUGAAGAGGGAGGCUGAUGACCUGGAACAGUGGAUCAUAGAAAAGGAGAAGGUGGCUUCUGACCAGGAGAUGGGCCAGGACUUUGACCAUGUGACUAUGCUCAGAGAUAAGUUCCGAGACUUUGCCCGGGAGACUGGGGCCAUCGGGCAGGAGCGGGUGGACAACGUGAAUGCCAUCAUCGAGCGGCUCAUCGAUGCUGGCCACAGCGAGGCGGCCACCAUCGCCGAGUGGAAGGAUGGGCUGAACGACAUGUGGGCGGACCUGCUGGAGCUCAUCGACACACGCAUGCAGCUGCUGGCAGCCUCCUACGACCUACACCGCUACUUCUACACGGGUGCCGAGAUCCUAGGCCUCAUCGACGAGAAGCACCGGGAGCUGCCUGAGGACGUGGGGCUAGAUGCCAGCACGGCCGAGUCCUUCCACCGUGUGCACACGGCCUUCGAGCGGGAGCUCCAUCUGCUGGGCGUUCAGGUACAGCAGUUCCAGGAUGUGGCCACACGCUUGCAGACGGCAUAUGCCGGGGAGAAGGCAGAUGCCAUCCAGAGCAAGGAGCAGGAGGUGUCUGCUGCCUGGCAGGUGCUGCUCGAUGCCUGUGCCGGGCGCCGGACACAGCUAGUGGACACAGCAGACAAAUUCCGCUUCUUCAGCAUGGUCCGCGACCUCCUCUCCUGGAUGGAGAGCAUCAUCCGGCAGAUCGAGACCCAGGAGAAGCCCAGGGAUGUCUCAUCGGUGGAACUGCUCUUGAAGUAUCACCAGGGCAUCAAGGCAGAGAUCAACACCCGGGCCAAGAACUUCAACACCUGCCUGGAGCUCGGGGAGUCGCUGCUGCAGCGGCAGCACCAGGCCUCGGAUGAGGUCCGGGAGAAACUGCAGCAGAUGAUGGCCAAGCGACUAGAGAUGGACAAGAAGUGGGAGGACCGCAAUGACCGGCUCCGCAUGUUGCUGGAGGUGUGCCAGUUCUCGAGGGAUGCCUCUGUGGCUGAAGCGUGGCUGAUCGCCCAGGAGCCCUACCUGGCCAGCAGGGACUACGGGCACACAGUGGACAGCGUGGAGAAGCUGAUCAGGAGGCAUGAGGCUUUCGAGAAAUCCACAGCCACCUGGGCAGAGCGCUUCGCUGCCCUGGAGAAACCCACCACGCUUGAGCUUAAAGAACAAUACCAGUCCCCAGAGAGACCCACGGAGGAGCCGGGGCCUCAAGAGGAGGAAGGCGAGACAGCAGGGGAGGCCUACCGUGCAACCACCACCGAGAGAACAUCCCCGGGGGAAGAAGAGCCGUCAUGGCCUCCGGACCUGCAGCCACCACCCCUGCCAGGGAAGCAUGAGGACAGGCAGCAGGACAAGUCCAGUGGGGAUGACAGGCCCACCACAGAGCCCCUCUUUAAGGUCCUGGACACACCUCUGAGUGAGGGUGAUGAGCCCACAACACUGCCGGCCCAGCUGGACCACGGGCACAGCGUGCAGAUGGAAGGCUACCUGGGCCGAAAGCAUGACCUGGAGGGGCCCAACAAGAAGGCGUCCAACAGGUCCUGGAACAACCUCUACUGCGUGCUCAGGAACAGUGAGCUGACCUUCUACAAGGACACCAAGAACCUGGCUCUGGGGGUGCCCUACCACGGGGAGGAGCCCCUGGCCCUGCGACAUGCCAUCUGCGAGGUCGCUGUCAGCUACAAAAAGAAGAAGCACGUCUUCAAGCUGAGGCUGAGCAAUGGCAGUCAGUGGCUCUUCCACGGCAAGGACGAGGUAAGUGCAGGGGCCCAGCCCGACACAGGGGCAGGUGGAGACCCCGCCCGGGGUGGUGCUGACUCUGCAGCCCCACAGGAGGAGAUGCUGUCCUGGCUGCAGAGCAUGAGCACAGCCAUCACCGAGUCCCAGAGCAUCCGCACCAAGGCGCAGAGCCUGCCCCUGCCCUCCCUCGCCGGGCCCGACAUCAGCCUCAGCAAGAAGGACAAGGAAAAGAGAUUCAGCUUCUUCCCCAAAAAGAAGUAGCAGUGGGCGGCCCUGCGGGUGGGGGCACGCAGGGACCAGGGCCGCUCCCCCGUCCUCCUCCCGCCUACACCUGCCCUGCUCACCACCCUCGGGGCCCUGCUGCCCUACACGCUGCCGCCAGCACGCUCGCCCUCGCCCCGACCCCGCCCCAGCUGGCAGGCUCUCCUUGCCCCCCAAAAGCUGGAGCAGGCUAUGGGCCCCUAGAGCUGCCCACUCCCACAGCAAGCCUUGCUGGGGGUUACCGCCCACCUGGCCACAGCCAAGGAAAGGGUAAGGGAAGAGGGACUUGGGCCAGCUGACCCAUCCCCUAAGGGCAAGGUGCUGUUAGAGACUGAGGGAACAGGCCUCCCUCCUCAGGCCUGCACUCCCCCGCUGCCUCUCUCCUCACCAGGAGGGCAGAGCCCCCAUCCCUGCUUAGUGGGUCCUGGCAGAGUAGCCUCCUGCUGCCCCAGCCUGGUGUAAGGAGGAAGGACCAGCAGCUCUCACACCAUUCCUCCAAAAGCCCUGGUUGGAGCAUGGGACUCAGGGCUCAGAGGGAAGGAGGGACAGACAGGUCCUGACAAUGCUGAAGGCUCUGCCCCUGUGCUGAGCUCUCCGGCCAUGCCCAGUAGCAACCAAACCAGCCGUAGUCAGCAGAUGCAGGGCCCCCAGGAGCAGUGUAGGCCCCUGAUGCAACAUGGGUACCCCAGCGCUGGAGUAAAGCAUCCCAGAGCCAAUGCCUGCUGUGUCCUGCCUGUCUGCAGCCGCUCCCACCUAGGGGUACUAACUGGGCAGAGAGCAGAGUUACCACCUGGCGUGACACAUGCAGCCACACCUAGGUAUCGCCAUCAUGACACAUCUACCCCUGGACAGCUGGGAUUGAUGCUGGGGCCAGAGCCACGAGGGUGUAACCCUUCUUGAUCAGCUCCUGAAGGCCUGGCCUGGGUCCUGGGGGUCACAUACAGAGGUCACCAAACAUCUACCACCCUCGAGAACCAAAAGGGAUGCUUCAGUCUGUCCCCAGGGAGAGAUGUACCCAAGCUUCUGGAAAGGCGGGCCACUGGGCCCCUUAGUGCUGACCAGGGGUCCAUGAGGACUUUCCCCACCACUGUACUCUGAAAGCAAUAUAGCUUCAGUGAUCUUCACUGGGCCAUAGCCAAGAGGGGCCAUGUUGGGGGCAGCAGGUGUGUUCUCUGAGGGAGGCCAUAGGGUCCCUAGGGCCCACAGCCACUAUUUCUGUGGCCUUCCCCAUGGGAAGGAGUCUUGGCUGUGUGGAGACGAAUCUGGUGAGGCUCAAGAAGCCACAGGGGGAGGCACCCGGAGUUAUAGGCCUCCCAGGAUCCCUAACCACUGUCAAGUGACACCAGCUCCAGCAACAGGAAGCACAGGAGGGAAGGUGGCUAGUCGGGCCUGACAUCCCCAGAUCAGGUGUUUUACCUCCAUACCAGGGUCUUCAUUUGGCCUUGACUCUAGGACCCUGUAGCCCUCUCCUUCUACAGGGAACCCAGUUUGUAUCAUUCACCAGCCUUUCUCCAGCCAGGGAAACCAAGACAAAAGGCAGGUAGGUGACUGCACUCACCUGUGCAUUCAAGAGCAUGUCCACCUCUAGGGCAGACCGCAGGCUGCUUGCUGAAGGGUGGAAGGUCCCAAGCAGCUCUCGGCUGUUCCCUUGGGCCAGUCUUUAGGGAGCCAAGUUACGAGGGCCCACCCUCUCCCCUCCACGGGGCCCAGUAGCACCUAAAGUGAGGCACUUCCAGCAGGUGACUCCACAGAGCCUAGAAAUUGGGCUCCAAUGGAAGAGCUAGGAUUUCACCACCCCAAGUCCCCCAGAUUGGGCAAGGGCAGCCAGCUGCAUGUGACCCAUCAUCUCCCGCCGAGCGCCCCACGCAUCCACCCACGUCACCCAGGCCCCAAGACACUCAACCAACUGGACUGACACUGCAGGCGCCCACCUUCAGGAGACCCUGUGCCACUCUAGGGCUAGGCUCUCCUGGUGCCCUGGCACGGUAUCUCUUCCUUCCUUCCCUCCCUCCCUCCCUCCCUCCCUCCCUCCUUCCUUCCUUCCUUCCCUCCUUCCUUCCUUCCUCCCCCCCCCUACAUUUUCUACUUUGCAGUCUUUUCCUUACAGUAUUCCUAAACUAGGUUGGCACAGCUCCAGUCCACACCAGCACAACUGGCUUCCUCCUGGGAGCAGUCUAGAGGAAGCUCUUCCAGGCGUGGUCGGGCAGUCCUGCUCCCCUCUCUCCUUCCCUUUGUCUGACUCUGGCUGAGGGCAGAACUGGAGGCACCUGGGGCUCCCAGCCCCACCUACCUCCACUAGUAGUAACAAACAGGAGGCCUGCAUUGGGCUCAGCUGCCCCUCUGCUCCACUCCAGUCUAUGAGCGCAGCCAGGUCCUCUCGGCUGAUCCUGGGUCCCCUUCCUCUGUCAGUGGGAGGAGGCAGAGAUUCAGAGGAGGAUGCGGCCAGCAGGCCACAUAGCUUGGUCCCUUGGUCAAGCAAGCUCAGGGAGCACACAAAAGAAGUGACCACCAAGGAAUGCAAUCCUGUUGCACAGACCAUGUUCAUCUGGGCUGGCCCUGGGGCCGGCUGGGCCUUGUCCUCCACCUGCUCAAAUGUGCUUCCACCAACCAGAGGACACUCAUUUACUAGUUUUUCUAAUAAAUCAAUAAUGCUCUA